AUGACCGAAAAUUUACUAAUUACUGACAGACAGCGUAUCAGAAAAUCUUGGGGUAAAACGGACUUAGACGUACUUGAAUAUAUUGGAAUAAUCAAAAGAUGGCUGGAAACGCAAAAACACCUACCUGAAAUACCAUGUGACAACAUGAUUGAAUUUUUCCUAACCAAUUGUAAAUAUAGUAUUGAAAAAACUAAGCAAAACUUGGACAUGUAUUACACAUCAAGAGAUUUAAUGCCUCUUAUUUACAGAGGAGUACAUCCUUGCAAAUCUGAAGUAGAUCCAGGUUAUAAAACAGGGAUGGGUUGUACCUUGCCGAAAUUGACUCAAGAUAUGUACCGAAUAACUAUAUUUAAAUAUAAUGAUGUCAAUCCUGAUGAUUCUGAUGUGGUCAAAUUUGUUGCACAUGGUUUAAACAACAUAUAUGAAGUCAGAUUACAUGAAGAUUUGGUUUUAGGAGACAUUUUUAUAAUAGAUUUUGAAUUUGUUAAGUUUGGGGUCAUGGCGAAAUUUUCUCCGAUAUUGAUGAAGAACAUAGCACAAGUCUUUGAGAAAGUACAAAGUAGCCGUAUGAAAGCCCUGCAUUUUCUCUACCCACCAGGUUACGUCGACAAGAUUAUAACGGUGUUCAAAACUUUUCUUCCCAAAAAAUUACAAGAGAGGAUAUUUAUUCACAAAACCAUAGAAGAUUUAUUAAGAUGCAUCCCUCGAGAUAUACUACCUUGUGACUAUGGUGGUUUUCAAAAAUCAAUGGCAGAAAUUGAAGAUUUAUGGAAGAAGAAAUUUCAACAAUAUAAGGACCGGUUUGAUAAAUUAGAAAACAUGAAAGUCGAUGAAUCACUUCGACCGGAAAAAUUAGAAAAUGAUGAAAUUUUGGGAUACCAUGGAAAUUUCAAGAAAAUCAGCAUCGACUAA